AUGCCUGCUCCAGGCGAUCAACACAGCGGCAACCUCGCCAACCCGUUCGAGGAGCCGCAGAAACGAAUGACCGAAUAUACUGCUCAACAAAUUGCCACAUUGCAGAGUCGACUGGAGAAGCAGCUGGGGCCUGAGUACAUAUCCGCGCGAGCUGGUCCAUCCGGUCAAAAGGUCCACUACAUUGCCGCCGAAAAGUGCAUCGCCCUUGCAAAUGAGGUUUUCGGCUUCAAUGGCUGGUCCUCGGGGAUUCAGAACAUACAGGUUGAUUUCGUCGACGAGCAUCCACAGACUUUGAAGAUCAGCCUGGGUCUAUCGGUCAUUGUACGUGUGACGCUCAGGGAUGGUACUUUCCAUGAGGAUAUAGGGUAUGGGCAUAUUGAGAACUGCAAAGGAAAGGCAGCCGCUUUCGAAAAAGCAAAGAAGGAGGGAACUACAGAUGCGUUGAAGAGGGCGUUGAGAAACUUUGGCAACGUCCUCGGCAAUUGCAUCUACGACAAGGACUAUCUGGCCAAGGUCACCAAGCUGAAGCCUGGUCCCACCAAGUUCGAUGAAAACAAAUUGCAUCGGCAUUCAGAUUUUGCAAAGAAGGAGGAGAAGGAGAAGGAGAAGGAAGAGUCCCUGAUCAAGAAGGAGAUGGCUGACUCGCUCGACGACCUUUUGGAUGCCGACUUUGACGAAAUGGACUUCGCUAUUAAUGAGGAGGGUCACCCUGACGAAAUUGUGCUGCCACCUGCAAACAAUCCAUCGACAACCGUGCCGAACCAGGCCAUCAAGUCAGCCCAGAAUAUGCAACCCCCUUCCAGGCCCAUGGGCAGGAGUGUCUCAGCUGGCAAUGUGGGCAACAUGCGAGGUCCGCAAACCCCUACUCAGGGGUCAAAUAUGAGGCAGGCUCCGCAAGGAGCAUACCAAAACAGACCAGUACCACCUAAUCAACCACGAGCGCCUGCGAACAUAGUAGCACCUGCGGCUCGCCAGAACAUUCAACGGCUAACAACGGUACGCCCCCACCGAACGCUGUAG